AUGGCGCCCGCGGCGGAAUCCUCCUACCCAACCGCCCCCCACGCACCCGCCUACCUGCCUCUGAUCAAGCUCUUCGCCCUCGACAGGCUCGAGUCCGGCACCGAGUCCCCCAGCGGACACAAGUACGAGCGAUUCCGCGCGCGCUAUGCGCCGCUGUGUCCGAGUGAUUUCCGCGUCGCGUAUGGCGGGUAUGUGUUUGGGCAUGCGGCGUAUGCGGCGUCGAAGACGGUGGAUCGGGGGAUGGUGAUACAUAAUAUCACGGGAUCGUUCACGUUGCCCGGCUUGCGCUGGAGGGUAUCAAGAAAGGAAGAGCAUCCCUGGGCGCCGUCGGUGGACAGCCCGCAGUGGACGGACGAGGUGGAGCGGGGCGUGCGGAGCGAAGUCCGCUUUUCCGGGACGGAUAUUCGAAAGGUGAAGAUGCAGCGGUAUAACGCGAGUGUGGGCGCGCAAGACGAUCCGACCAAGUACCGACAGCUACAUUUCUACCGACUCUUUGGACUCCCCGGCGACGACUCCGACUCCGACGACUCGUCACCGAGGGAUCUCGCCACGCUUCGCGCGCGCGACGAGGCGGGGGAAUUUGACAAUCUCCAUGUGUGCGCGCACCUGUUCGCGUCAGAUCGCAACUCGCUAUAUCUCAUCGCGUGGGCGCUGCGGCGCGCCCACCGCAUCAAGCGCAUCGCGAGCCUGAGCCACACCGUGAUCAUGCACACGCACGGUCCCGCGAUGCGGAUGAUCGAUUGGGACCGGUUCGACCGGGAGGCCGGGGCGGAUGGGACGGCGGAUCUGGGCGAGGGCAAGGGGCGGAAGUGGUUUACGAUUGAGGCGGGGACGACGCGGUCGGGGGAGAAUCGCGUGUUGCAUCAGGGGCAGAUCUGGGGGGCGGAUGGGACGUUGGUGGCGACGACGAUACAGGAUGGGUUGCUGCGGGUGUUUGAUGAUGGGAAGGGGGUGAAGUUAUGA